CCCCAACUCCACCGCUUCUCCUCAGUGUACUUGAAACCAAGAAAAACAGUACUGCAUUGCUCCAUUGUCCCUGGCCAACCAAUGGCGAGUAUUAAGGUGUUCGGUUCCCCAGCAUCGGCCGAGGUCGCAAGGGUGCUGGCAUGCCUCUUCGAGAAGGAUGUCGAGUUCCUCCUCAUUCGCGUCGACAACUACAAAGGCCAGAAGAGAUUGCCGGAAUACCUCAAGCUGCAGCCCCAAGGCCAGGCUCUUACGUUUGAAGAUGGGAAACUAACCCUCACCGAUUCGAGGGAGAUAUGCCGACACAUUGCGGAGAAGUAUGUCGAUCAAGGGAACAAAGAUCUUUUAGGGACCGGCACGCUCGAAAGGGCAUCGAUCGAGCAAUGGCUGCAGACAGAGGCUAACAGCUUCGACCCCCCAAGUUCGGAGCUGGUGUUCAACCUGGCAUUUGCACCGCUUAUGGGACUGGAGCAGGAUGAGGUGGUGAUCGAGCGGAGCAGGCAGAAGCUUAACAACGUGCUCGACAUCUACGAGCAAAGGCUGCAGGAGAGUAGGUUCCUGGCGGGAGACAAUUUCACGCUUGCCGACCUCUCCCACCUGCCAAAUGCUCAGCGUUUGGUGUCCAGCAACAAGUGCAGGUCCCUCAUCACGUCGAGAAGGAAAGUGAGCAGGUGGUGGGAUGAGAUAUCGAGUCGACCGUCGUGGCAGAGGGUGGUGGAGAUGCAGCAGGAGCCAGCUCCGGUGAUCUAAGCGUUGCUAUGCCACUUGGUGGUUUGAGGAGUGGGCAGGGGGUGGUGGUGGUGACCUCUAGCUUUCUUACUUGAUGUUUGAAUUGGGUGUCACAUAUAACUCAUUUUGUGUGUCUUGGCAUGGUGCUUUUGCUCAUGUCUCGUUGUUUGGGAGUCCCAUAAAGUUGUCCAAUGGCUCUGUGCCCUUCUGAGGUCUGUUUUGGUACUGCAAGAUUUAUGUUUAG